AGAGAUCUGUGGAAGAUGUCGAACCCGAGAAACGGUGACACCAAGCCCCCAUGUUUGCCCCGCAAUGGACUGGUGAAGAUCCCCACGCAACCCAACGGCCUCGGCUCCGCCAGCAUCACCAAAGGCACCCCCGCCGUGAAAAACCGCCUGUGCCAGCCUUCCUCCGUGCCUGCCAUCCUCAGCCCGGCCUUAGCCCACCGCAGCGACCUGCCCAUCCCCAGCCUGGCCUCCCCGCUCUCCUUGGCCACCCUGGCCAGCGUGUCCUCCCCUCCCGGCGCUUCCUUGGUGGGACUGAACGCCAGCGAAGGCUCAGAGCAGCCCUCCCCGGAGCGGCUGCCAGGCUCGCCCUCGGAAAGGCAGCUGGCCGUGGACGAGAAGAUCCUCAACCGCUUGUUCUGGUACUUUUCAGCGUGCGAGAAGUGCGUGCUGGCACAGGUGUGCAAGGCAUGGCGGAGGGUGCUCUACCAGCCCAAGUUCUGGGUGGGCUUGACACCCGUCCUGCACACCAAAGAGCUCUACAACGUCCUGCCUGGUGGAGAGAAGGAGUUCAUCAGCCUGCAGGGCUUCGCCGUCCGCGGCUUCGACGGCUUCUGCCUCGUGGGCGUCUCUGACCUGGACAUUUGUGAGUUCAUUGACAACUACCCCCUCUCCAAGAAGGGGGUCAAGUCCAUGAGCCUUAAGAGGUCGACCAUCACAGAUGCGGGGCUGGAGGUGAUGCUGGAGCAGAUGCAGGGCGUGGUGCGGCUGGAGCUGUCGGGCUGCAACGACUUCACGGAGGCCGGGCUGUGGUCCAGCCUCAACGCCCGCAUCACGGCGCUGAGCGUCAGCGACUGCAUCAAUGUGGCCGACGAUGCCAUCGCCGCCAUCUCGCAGCUCCUGCCCAACCUCACCGAGCUCAACCUGCAAGCUUACCACGUGACGGACACGGCGCUCGCCUACUUCACCGCCAAGCAGGGCUACACCACCCACACCUUGCGCCUCAACUCCUGCUGGGAGAUCACCAACCACGGUGUGGUCAACAUGGUCCACAGCCUGCCCAACCUGAGCGUGCUCAGCCUCUCGGGCUGCUCCAAGGUGACGGAUGAUGGCGUGGAGCUGGUGGCCGAGAACCUGCGGAAGCUGCGCAGCCUCGACCUGUCCUGGUGCCCCCGCAUCACUGACAUGGCCCUGGAGUACAUCGCCUGCGACCUGCACAAGCUGGAGGAGCUGGUGCUCGACAGGUGCGUGCGGAUCACCGACACCGGCCUCAGCUACCUGUCCACCAUGUCAUCCCUGCGGAGCCUCUACCUGCGCUGGUGCUGCCAGGUGCAGGAUUUUGGCCUGAAGCACCUCCUGGGCAUGGGCAGCCUGCGCCUCCUCUCGCUGGCUGGCUGCCCCUUGCUGACCACCACAGGGCUCUCGGGGCUGGUGCAGCUGCAGGAACUGGAGGAGCUGGAGCUCACCAACUGCCCCGGGGCCACACCGGAGCUCUUCAAGUACUUCUCCCAGCACCUCCCGUGCUGCAUGGUGAUCGAGUAG